UCACUUUGUCGUGAAAAUCAGCAAUCGAAUGUUUAGCGCUCCAUCUAAUAGACAAGGUCAUCGUGAGUUACUUUCUGGCUCCGGCUGAGGUCUUUUGUUAUUUUAAUUGAUGGUUUAUGCAAGUUUUCGUGAUAUGUUUUUCAUUAUGUGCAAAUCACAAAAUUGUCAUUGAGCUACACAUGAAUUUUUUGAUAAAUCUUAAGCACAAUUCCUGAGUUUUUGACGAUAUUUUGUUUGUCACCAGUCCAUCUACUUAGCACUUGUUCCAUCCAGUAUGCCCUGAUUGGGUCAUCAAAAUAGGAGAAGCAGAUCACGUCAGAGUAGCAGAUAUAAUAUGGUAAUAACAUCAAAUUUACCAAGUAAUGGAAUUAUCUUAGGUCAUUUAUCAUAUUUAUACUUUUUCUCGGUAUUUCUCAUGAACACACGUUUGUCACCAUUAAGUGACUUAAGACCUGUCUUACCAAGUACAUGAAACAUUUUAUUUUCAGCCCUCAGAUAACGAACAAUGGUGUAUGUGGAAAACCAUUUUCUCUUAAACACAAACUUAAUUGCUUAAAGUUGUAUAAAUGCGAACCGGAAUUAGUAAAUGAAGAUAUAUAACACCCUGGAUUGUUGUUGUCUGUCAAUUCAGCCUACUUAAUUCACGUUGUUUGGUAGUAGCUGUAACCAACUUGUUCUUUUUGCUGGAUCUACUUGUUUAUUUCUAAUUAUGAUCCCCUCUUUUUUUUCUCGAUAAUUACUUCGGACAUCUUUUGUUUAUUUGUCUUAAAAGCAUUGGUUUUAUUGGUGAUUGGGUAGACCGAUUUGUUUUUGAUGCUGUAACGUCCAUGAAGAAUGUAGCACUCACCAGCAUUAUCUUAGUUUAUCAUGCUAUAACUUGUGAUGUUUUCGCAAAUAAUUGUAAGUCUACACUCAGUACAUCAAGAAAGUUGUAGAUGUUCUGCUUUCUAGUUUCGAUAAGCUGUGCAAGGAAAGGAAUGACAAAGGAUUUGUCGCUAAUUAUGUAGUGGAUGAUAUUACAAUCCGUGAACAGUUAGUGUUAUCGUGGCCUGGGGAUUUAAAUACGUCUUCGUUUUAUAAUCCUCCAAGGAAUCCGAAAUUUGCAUUGUGUCCUGGAUUAGUCAUUCAUCCUUCUGGUCGUUUUGUAAAAAGAUCAUUUCCAGAAGGUCUAGUAAGUUCUGAUCUUUGUAAUCAAACUACAAUAAUAUUUUCUGUGAAACAAAAUCAAAACUUGCUAAAAAAGUUCAAUUUAACAAGUAAAGCUCUCACUUGACAGUUCUGUAAUCUACUUACAAUGCUACAAAUCUUCUUUUGGGAGCAGAAAGGAAUCUUUUUCGCACCUUGUCUAACUACCCAAAGUUUUUCAGACUGGUUUUUCUUUGCUAUGUUAUUAAAAGCUAAAGCUAUAGAAUCAAUUUGCACUUCGCUUAAUUAGAAUGUGAUGAUUGAAAUGAGCCAAUGUAUUUUCUUCCAUUGCCCCUUGAAGACUGGUCGCUGAUAAAAUCUUGGUCCAAAUAAUAUUGACUCUAAGCUAUUUUGUAUUAUUUAUAAUACCUACAAAAUGCUUAUUCAAGAAGUAUGUGUGCAACUUGUUGCUGUCGUGUACUUUUAAUAUGUAAAUUCAUGCCUUAAAGGGAUACAGAAUUCAAGUGUUUAGUCUUGUGCAUCUACGAAGUAGUAGUCAAGUAUGGUAAGACUACUGAGAACUUAAUGCUAGCAUUAUAUAAUUUCAGAAAAAGUAGUAGAUUCUUUGAUAUGAACUUUCUUUGAGCGAGUGAGUGUACUGGCAUAUUUCAUUCUUUGUUUUUCUCAAGACCUGGCAGUGACUUCCUAUGCCCUUGCAGGUGUAAAUAUGGCGAUGUAUUUGUAAGCUUAACGAGGUCUUGUAGAUGAUGUUUCAGUUGGCGGUCGUCUGAGCUGUCCAAAUAACUGGUACUAUAAGAGCACACAAAGGUAGAAAUACUCGGAGUUGCGGUUUUGAACGUGGUUUCAGGAGACCGUCGAUAGAAUUUUGUAUGAUUGGAUCAUUAGUAUUGAUUGCAAGAGCGGAAAGUUGGGAUCAGGGAAGGAGCGUUUACAAUAAGGAUAGAAAUGUUAGGAAGCAAUAAAUAGAUUUUGUUCUGUCCAAUUCUUCCAUGUCUAAGUUGUUUUAUAUUAAUAAAUUCUUAUCGCGAUGUGUAACAUAAAUAUCAAUCAAAGUAGUGUGCAUGCUUAUUUUACAUUUCUUUUUCGUGAAUAAAUAGGCUCUCUUUUGGCUAUUAAGAGCUAAUAUCCACUUUACUUGUCCUAAAAAUGCCCAUUUGUCUGAAUCCUUUUAUCUUAAAUUGGAACAAUGGAUUGAAUCGUUGGAGUGGAACACAAAACACCGGCGACAAGAUGCUUUAAAGGAUCAAGAUGGUGAUAAUAUAGAUUCAACUAGUAUCGGAGAAGCACCUGAUGAAAUCUUACUGAUCAACUGCUCGAGUUCUUACAUUGGUCAGUCUAACCAUUGGAGUUUAUCUGGAUAUUUACGAAGAAUUCGCAUUACUUGGAAGCUGAGAAAUGAAACAGAAAUUACAGAUCUUACGACAAUUACAAAUACAUCACUGUCGAGUACUUCUUCCUCUUCUGUUAUCUUUUUGAAUACAAGUUUCAGUGACUCUUCAUUGUCAUCAACAUCCCACUUAAACAAUCUGAAUAGUCAACAUUUUCUUUCCAGAUCAGGCAUUAAAUUUCUUGUGCGUAUCUCUUCACAUAUGCUAUUUGUAGGAAAUUUCUCUAUGGAACGCCGUCAUGCUUGGAACAAUAUAUAAACAAUGGAGCAGUAGCUUACUGGUUAAGGCGUUUGACUUUCAAACACUAAGUCAUAGGUUCGAAAAUCAUUCCAUCUACUUCGGUUUGGACAGCUGCGCUGCAGUAUCCCACUUAAUAUAUGGCUCAUAUUCAAGUACCUGGAGAAUAAGUUAAUUUGACUAAUAUGAUAUAAACAGGUUUGUCCUACUACAGUUUUGAAUAUAAAACUUAUGAAAGUUCCGUUUAUAAUAGUGCAGAAUCAUACCGUCUAACCAAGCAGAAUAAAGAAGGCGACUUCAAGGAAAUGGGAGAUUUAUUGGUGUAGAGGGACCUUUAUCUAACUAUAUGAAACUCAGGAUAUUGACCAUGAGCUGGGAAUUUCGGCAAAAAAACAAGAUGGAUUGCUAACACCAGCACUUAAGUAUGAAUGCGGUAAUGAAAUGACGGUGCAUGAAUGUAGAAAACAUAAAAUGGUGUGAUCUUUCACUGCAAUGUUCGCUGAGGUUAAAAUUAUUACUUAGUGUUGGAAUCACAGUAAAACUUUGUGUCAAAGGUCAGGAUUAUGAUUGAAUUAAGGCUAUGGUUAAAAUUAUGUUAGUUCGGAAUAGGGGUUAAGACUGAGGUUAGUUUUAUAAAAUUAAGUCUAGAUCCUAAUCUUUAAUCGUAACUCUAAUCGUAUACUCUAGCAGUUCAGAAUCAAUAACAAGCGAAGUUAAUCAGUCAUGUUCAAAGAAUAUCCUUUCUGUAAAUUCUUUGACUUCGUAUUGUAACUCGUUUCUGAUUGGCUGGGAUGAGUGAUUUUCACAAGGUCAUUCGGUAGUAUAGUUUAACAACUACAAUCCCAUCUCCCCUUGAUUCACGUACGAAUUAUUUGGAUUGAAGUGUAGUAGUGUAUAAGUCAUCUGAUCUUUCUAGUUCUGGUAGAUCCCAUUUCUUAUUUAGGGGAUCUUCCUCACGUUUUUUAAAUUUGGAACUACACUUUAGAUUAUCUAUCCCAAAUCAUAACAGUUACAAUCAUUCACAAUCAUGUAUUUCAAUCGUAAAUUUUAGAGAAAGCAUUAUGUGAAUUUUUCUCUGGAUUUUGGUGUCUUCAAUCUUUAUCUACUUCUAAUACUACGUCAACUAAUCAUCACCAGGACAACCAAAGUAGUCUUAUAUCAUCGUCUACGUCAAUGUCGUCCUCACCACUAACACCAUUACCGAAUCAAUCUAAUAUCUUAUCAAGUAAACAUCCUAUUUGUGUUCAAGCUACAAUGCUGUGUGAUAGCCUUCCAGAUUGUGAUUUGAGAGUGCCUAUGAAUGAAGUUAAUUUAUCACAGGAUGAAGCAAAUUGUAAUAUGAUCCCAUCAAAUUAUUCCCUGAAAACAUCUAAAUUAUCUAAAGACGAUCAUUGGAUAUCUAAAUUACCAUGGAUAGUUCUCGCACCGGUACCUGCUAUAUUAAUCUGUGCUCUAAUACGUAUCUGUUCACAGAAACGUCAAUUAGACAUGAUUGAAGAUAAUAAUAAUAAUCAUUAUAAUUUUAAUAUAAAUAAUCUUAAUGAAUGUUCAACAGUAAUAUCCAGUUCCACAACAACAACAACUACAAAUCACUGUGAUAAAUGUUUACAUAUGCAAUACAAAAAAUUACCUAGUAAUUAUUUUAUAAUUAAACGUAAAUUACACAAUUAUCGAGGAAGUAUACCGGGACUAUUGAGUCGAAUAAAUAAAUUAUCUAGUGUUACUGAAGUUGAUGAUGAAAUUGAUCCCAGUAUAGAUCAACAAGUGAAUAUAUUGAAAAUGAAACCAUUGAAUACUACUACUACUACUACUACUACUACUACUACUACUAAUAAUAAUAAUAAUAAUAAUAAUAAUAAUAAUAAUAAUAAUGUUAAAACAAAAUUGGCAAAUAAUUCAAAUCAUUGUGGUAAUUCAUUACAACAUUGUUAUUCCUUACCUGAAUUUACUAUAAAGCAUGAUGAUAACGAUGACGAUGAUGAUAAUGAUGAUGAUAAUAAAUUCAAUAGUGAUUUGAUGUGUUAUAGUGUUAACAAUGUGAUUAUUUCCAAUCGAAAUUUUCAUGCAAUCAGUACUUGUUCAAGUCGUGAAGCAAGUUUCGAUGAUGAUGAUGACAGGCUUAAUAUCAAUCAACAUCUUAUUACACAUUAUCAAUCGCUAGAAACAUUUAAUAAAAGUAAGAGUUGUGAUAGUCUACAUGAAAUAAGUACACAAAAUGAAAGAAUGAAUUAUUUAUCGAUUUCUCCUUGUUCUUCCACUUCAUCAUCAAUAGAUCGUAAUAAUGAUGAGAAUAAAAGGAAUCAUGUAGUAGGUUUUGUUUUUACUUUCUAUUCAUUGUAUUUUAUGUUUUAAGGGAGUUUUACAAAAUUAUUGCUGAAAAGAUACUGAUAAGAUUUAAAAUAGGUGAAUGGUGACUAACUGUAAAAUCUAGGGAACACGUUUUAUCCUGUUUAAAACUAAUCAGAGGAAAGUAACUUUAUCCCCAGUACUUUUACACUGAAAAAUAUCAUAUUCGUUUUUUCUUUACAACAGAAACAGUAUAUGGUACGAUGAUUCUGUAUUAUUGCUCAGAUUUCUCUGCUAUAUCAGCUAUUAUCCUUUGAUCUUGUUUAACUAAUAUUGACUUAAUUAGAUACCUAGUAUUUAUUUGUUUAAACACAAACAUUGUCAGAAGGGGUUUUGUGGAGAUUUUAGUAAUUUCAAUAGUUGAAAUCAUGAGUCAAUUGAAGCUAGACCACCAUGGAAAACCUGACAGCACUGGACGGCCGUUUCAUCCUAGUGUGGGACUACUCAGCUGUGCGCAUCCACGAUACCGCCCCUGCGAGAUUCGAAGCUAGGACCUAUCAAUCUCGCGCCAGGCGCUUAACCAACUAGACCACUGAUUCGGCAUCCAACGGUGUUAAUGUCUAACUUCAACCAAUCCACCAAGUUGAGCCACCGUACACCAUUGUCUUCAGUGAGUUGAUAUCUCACAACAGACCUGGUUGAACUCCACUGGUAACGGCUUCUCACUGGAACUACAGGAGUAUCUCUUGAAGUCAGUCAUUAGUGAGCAGAUGACAUCUAUCUAUCUUAAAAUCUUGAGCUAUAUUUUUAACCAAUAAUGGCGUUUGUUUGCUCAUCAUUUGGCCUGUUUAAUCCUCACAAUGUAUCAAAUAAGUAUUGAGUAACUUUGGUAUUAGGUCUUUGUUAAAUUUACAUUUCCCUAUUCUUCAUUCGGUUAAUGAUUAUUACUGCGAUCUACAUUUAAUGUCUUACUCAUGUGUGUCUGUGUGUGUGCACAUGUGUGAGAAGGAAGUUUGUGCUUGUAGGACGAUUACUACCUUCUUGUUUCUGUUUGCCCUCUUGAGAUGUUUGCAGAUAUGACUCGGAAUAGAAGUCAGUGGUGAUCCUGCUGUCACUUUCUUCAUCAAAGUAAAAGUAAAUUCUUUUACAGAAAGAAUCAUUUCUGGUUGUAUUUUCCUAACUCAACUGUUUGUAUUAUUAAUAUUAUUAUUAUCUGACUUACUUAAUUACGCCUGUUACUCCUAAUGGAACAUAGGCCACUGACUAGUAUUUUCCAACCCACUCUUUCCUAGGCCUUCUUUUCUAGUUCCAUCCAAUUCUUGUUCAUUUUCCUCAUGUCUAUCUCCAUUUCCCGGCGUAAUGUGUUCUUUGGUCUUCCUCUUUUCCUUUGGCCUUCAGGAUUCUAUGUGAGAGCUUGUUUUGUGACGCAGUUGGGUGCUUUCCUCAAUGUGUGUCCUAUCCACUUCCAUCACUUCUUCCUAAUUUCUUCCUCCGCUGGAAUCUGGUUUGUUCUUUCUGUUAGCGGGACAUAGACUAGAUUAAAGCAUGCUCAAUGCAUGAUUGCUUUGGUGCACGCUGAUUAGCUAAUUCUUAUCCAAUCAGCACUAGUCGAUAGUCGGAGAAUACUCUGGAAUCUUCUUAUGUAAAAACUAUAAAUAUACCGACGUUUUCCCUAUUGUGCUUCUGACUUGCUUCUCGCUUCCAUCUAACCUUGUUAUUUGGAAUAUAAUCUCUUCCUGUUCAACCGUGUUUUGAUUUGGGGUCUUGUCGAGUGAAUCGGUGUCCAAGAAUACUAAGCAAUAGGAAUAGCUGGGUCAUAAUCGUAAGAGCGAGAGAUUUAUAACACUUUCCCACACUAGGUUGUUGCUAAUAGUGUCCAGCCAACGGAUCUGAAAUAUUUUACGUAGACAACUGUUAAUAAACACCUGUAUUUUCUGGAUGAUGACUUUCGUAAUUCUCCAGGUUUCCGCGCCAUACAGUAGAACUGCCUUGACAUUUAUAUUGAAAAUCCUGACCUUGGUGUUGGUUGACAGACAGUUGUUUUGAGUUCCAGAUAUUCUUCAGUUGUAGAUAUGCUGCUCUUGCUUUGCUGAUCCGCGCCUUCAUAUCUGCAUCAGAUUCACCGUCUUAUUUCACUCUCAUACACUAAUUUUAGUUCGUUGUUACUCUCCUUCUGUAUAUAUUCACCUUUCUUUUAACUAUCUCUUCACAACCUCAUUGUAUUUGAUGUCGCUUCCUCCAUGUACGAAUGUUUAUGUGUUCAAAUAAAUAAAUAAUCUAAAUUAGUGAUAGUAUGAAGAAUACCUUUUCAUCUUCUUGAUAGGAUAUAGUUAGGUUAGUUGAACAAUAUCAUUAUUAUUAUUUUUUCUUUCUAUAUCCUAUUUUCUUUUUUAAUGAGAAGAUUUUAUCUGAUUCCCCCAGUGACAACAAUAGUCAAUUCAUCAUACAAAAAUUUCCUAAAACAAUCAUAAUAUCCAAUCAAUAUUCUAAUAAUGAAUCAUUAUCAAAUUUCAAAUUGAAUAUGAGCGCUCAAUAUAAUAAUCAAUAUCAUGAUGAUGAUGAUGAUGGUGGUGGUGGUGUAAUAGAAUAUGAUUAUUAUAAUCAAUAUCAAUCAAGAAAUCAUUCAUUAUCUGAUUCAACAACAUGUAAUUCUCAACAGAAAUUCAAUGAUUUACCAUUGAAUUAUACUUCAUCUUUGAAUACAUUCGAUGAAAUACCAAGAAAACUUUCAACAUUGACAAAAUGUAUAAAGCAUAUUCAUCAAUUCAUGAAUUCUUCAUUUACACUUGGUAAUUAUUUAAAAAAUAAACAUGUAUAUAAUAGUCAAACAAAAUUAUUAAUGAUGGAAUCGAAGUAUAAUAUAUAUCAUAAUAGAAGUGAGUGAAUAAUUUAAAAUUAUAUUGUAAAUAAUAUAUUAAAUUAAUUAAUGACUCAAGAUUUGAGAGAAACUUACAUACUUACUUACUUACGCCUGUUACUCCUCGUGAAGGAGCAUAGGCUGCUCAUCAACAUUCUCCAUCCAACCCUGUCCUGGGCAAUUCUUUCCAACUCCUUCCAGUUGUUGUUCAUCCUUUUCAUAUUUGCUUCUAUUUCUCGACGUGAUGUGUUCUCUGACCUUUCUCUUUUACGCUUCCCUUCAGGAAUCAAAGUUAGGGCUUGCCUCGUGAUUCAGUUUGACGAUUUGCGUAAUGUAUGUCCUAUCCGUUUCCAUCGUCUUUUCCUAAUUUCUUCUUCAGUUGGAAUCUGAUUUGUUCUCUCCAACAGUAGGCUGUUGCUGAUGGUAUCCGGUCAAUGGAUGUUGAGUAUCUUGCGUAGACAAUUAUUUAUAAAUACUUGUACCUUCUUAUUUAUGGUUGUAUUAGUUCUCCAAGUUUCAGCUCCGUACAGUAGAACUGCCUUGACAUUCGUAUUGAAGAUUCCGCCUGUAGCUCUUUUAGAGUUACUGCCGGUCACAAGCCCGGGUAAAGGAGGAGGGUUGGGCAUAGGGUUAGCGUCCCCAUCCCUUAGAAAACUAACUCGCUAAAAAAACGCUUACCAGAAAAAAUAAUUUGAAACAAAGUAUGGAAUAUUUUAGUUGGGGCCCCUUUAUUUUGUGGUCAUUUGAGAUCGCAUGAUGUUGUCGAUGGGUUCACCAAUUUAGUGGCCCGGGAUCUGACUCCAAGUAGAUGGUAUGAAUGAUUGUUAGUCGCAGCCCAGGUCCAGGGUUUCCUGUCGACUACCUCCAACCUUGUAUCACACAGAUUCACAGUAAAUAUAUACGUGAAUUUUGUCAUACUACUGUAAUUUUUGCAUAAACAAUGGGACACAGUUGAACGAGUUUAAAAUUUUUUUGUGUUAUACGAAAAGCCCAUCUUAAUGGAAUCCGGUAAACAUCUAUGAUUUAUAGAGGACACCUGAGAUAGGGAUGAAUAUCUAUCGACUGAUAUGGCUUGAACAUUAUUACAUAUGCUUGUCCACCUACUAUCUCGGCGUGCCGAUGAUGGCUAGUAUAAGAGCAGGUUGAAAGGAAGCCGAGAGUGGACAAAUACAAGACACGGUAUCAGUCCACAAGAACACUGACCGUUAGACCGAGCCAUGUAAGUUAGUGCAGAUUACGUGGUUGGGGUUCAUAUGAUUAUCGUAAGCAAUGGUUAGAGACUUUGAAUAAUAUGACUCAAAAUCGUUCACAGUGGCUCAUUUGUAUUUACUAUUUGUCCUCCUUUAGAUCCUAAAUUUCUAAAUAUUCCUCAUAUUUUUGUUUUACUUCACUGAUUUAUAUUUUCUCGAAUUAUGUCUUUGAUAACUAGUGUUUCCUGUCACUAUUAAUACUGUUAUUAUCUCUACUACUCUGUGAUUGGUUUUAACAAUUUCGUCUCUCUAUGCUUUGACAACUUGAACUGAUGUCCACAUAUUUCAGGUUCCAUGUUGUGUUUGUCUGACUUAUGGCGAGCUAUAAAACAAAUGUACUGAUCGAUUAUAAAAAAAAUAGUUGUUAACAGUGUUACAAACACUUUCGAGGAGAAUUUAUUUAUUUAAACAAACAAACAUUGGUACAAGAGGGUACCAAAUAGAUAUGCGCCACAUAAAUCACUCGAUUUGUGUAAGGGUUAGGAUACUGUCCGGGUGCCCAAACUGAAACAGGUGGGUCUCUUAGGUGACCAAACCCGGAGCCUUCGACCUGAAGGUUUGAUCCACAAAACAGUGGAGCAACGUUAGGAGAUACAGUCCCAUGUUAGCCGGUGACCAACAAUAGGUUCAUGUGUCAUUUAUUUCCUCAGGAUCCUGGAGCCCAUAUGCACCAGUGGUUUAGAAUCAGGGUCAUCCAACUCCCCUAGGUGGACUCUCUAUGCCCACCAACCCGGUUAAAGCGCCGGACAUUCGCUUUUCGUCCUCUCAAUUUCGUAAACAACACCUUCGCCACGAGAAGGCAGUGAGUAGAACUUCCCUGGCAGGGGCUAUAUACGCGUGGCCGUGCGAGAGCAUUUCAAGAGGGAGAGCUCAUAGGUUUUGAAUGAUUGUCUAACUUAAAUCGAUUUGUGAUUUCAAUAAACAGGUACUGUUUUAGUUAUUAUUAUUAUUAAUCCAGUUUAUUUACACUUUUAUUCAACAGAUGAUUGAUUUCCUACGGAUAAUAUUCAACUUCCAUCUUUUUAUGUCGAUAAAUGAAAAUAGUCUUCGAAACCUAACUUAUCUGCAUUUUUGUACUUAUUUUCGUGAUGCUUUGAGAAUCCUACUUUUUCUCAUUAACAACUACUGCUGAUGGGUAUAGUUAUUUCAUUGUUUUACCCUUUUUUCGAUUAUACUCUUCAAUCUCACAGUAUUUUUACUUUAUAAAAAACUGAUUAUCUAACAAAUUUUGUUUGUUUUUUUCUUCCAAUUUUUAUUUCAAACAUUUCUAGACACCUUAUGAUCAAACCAAAUACAAAAUUGCAUUUAGUUCUAUUCUCAUCAUCUACACAAUUCUUCUCAAUGUAUUUUUUAAAGUUUCUAUUGUUGUUGUUGUCGUUUUUUUUCUUUUCUUUUUCUGUAUUUUUGUUUACAUGUUUAUCCUGAAUCAUUCAUAUUUUACUGAUUUUCUACUUUUAUACAUAGAUACAUACAUAUAUACAUGCACAUACAGACACACACACACAUACAACAUGUUUCUUUUCUCCAGUUUUGUUAUUGUAUUAAAUGAUUGAUUUCAUUUAUAUCGUUAAGUGUAUAUUCUCUUGUUACUAGUUCAUAAAUAUGUUCUGUUUUUUUUUUUGCUUUGAAAUGUUCCACACACAAAAAAUAUUUUGCAUGAUUAACAUUCAGUAUUAUUUUGUCUAUGAAAUUAGUUUUAGAAACAAACAAAACAAUGUGUGUAUCUUAUAUUUUAUUUACUCCCCUAUAUACAUACAAAUUCUAAUCGAUGUUUGUUGUUGUUGCUGUUGUUGAGGUAUUGACGAAGAAGAAAUCAAAAUGCUUACAAUAUAACUAUAGUGAUUUAUUGUUGAGAUUGUAUUUAGUUGUGAAUUCUUGUUAACGUUCGAUUUUCAUGGGAAAAAUGUUACAUACUAAUGUAUUAUUUAGUCUUAGAUAGUAGGUGAACAUUCGUAAGGUCAAUGUAAUGUCACUCAAAGGUUGCACAUAAAUUAUAGUUCUCACUGAUGGUGGUUCUUGAUAAGAGAACAUUUUUAUUUAUAGAACGACGACGUCAGUAAUAUAUAUCACAACAAUCGAAAUGAUGAAGGUCAGUUUUACUUAACACUGUUAACAACUUAUGGGUUAGGGAUAGAUUUUUCGGUCAGACUAUAAAUUAUGGACGACCUUUCAGCGACACUAAAGUGACAUUGAGAAUGUUCACCUAAUAACUAGGAUCAAAUGAGGAUUAUAAACCGAUGCGAGGAUUUAGAAUUACGAUUUACAGUUGAUGGUUAAGGUUAUGAAUUCGAUUUAGGGUUUUCACCAUGAACUACUGAUAUAAUCUGUAAUGCCAAAACUCCAUUUAGCAAAUUAAUGGGUGAAUUUCGCGCCAAAAUCCGAGACCGGUUAUCUGAAAUCUGAUUGGUUCGUCCAUAAAUUAUCAUAUCGCCGAUUUUCCAUUUGUGAUCACGUAGUUGAGCAGCA